UAAAAGUUAAAGAAAGCAAAUUGUUGAGGUGUUGAGGGGUUGUUGGGAAUAUUAAUAUUUGUUACCCACAUUCAACCUUCCACGCUGAUAUUUAUUCCCCAUGCAUUUCCUUCCUUUUUUCUUCAUCCCACCCUCUGAGCAGCCACCCUUGUUAUCUGGCCCUCCCCAUUGCAUUGUUUCCAUUUAAAGAACCACAGACCCCUUCAGUUUUUUCUCACAAAUUCUGGUCUGGGACGAAAGAGCUCUGUGCUUUUGUGUGAGUUUCUGAUUGGUUGUUUUCUGGGAUUUUUGGAAAUGGGCAUCUUUUCGUUGGUUACAGGAAGGCCAGGGCCUAGUGGAUUUGGAUCAGCUUCCACUGCUGAGCAGGUUACUGAAGGAGUUGAUGCAACCAACCUGACUGCCAUUGUGACUGGAGGGGCAAGUGGGAUUGGAUUUGAGGCUGCAAGGGUGUUGGCACUUCGCAGAGCCCAUGUCAUCAUUGCUGCUAGAAACCUUGAGGCUGCAAACGAAGCUAAACAACUUAUUCUCAAAGAAAAUAAAACUGCUCGAGUGGAUGUUCUCAAACUUGACCUCUGCUCUAUCAAGUCUGUUAGGGCAUUCGUCGAUAGCUUCAGCGCUCUUGAUCUCCCGCUCAACCUCUUAAUAAACAAUGCUGGUGUUAUGUUCUGCCCACACCAGCUUUCGGAAGAUGGAAUUGAGAUGCAAUUUGCAACCAACCAUCUUGGUCAUUUUCUCUUAACAAACCUUCUCCUUGAGAAAAUGAAGCAUACAGCUAGAACUACUGGUGUAGAAGGAAGGAUUGUGAACUUGUCAUCAAUUGCUCGUAUACACUCUUAUGAAGGUGGGAUUCGAUUCAAAGAGAUCAAUGAUCGAAGCAGUUACUCAGACAAAAGGGCAUAUGGGCAAUCCAAAUUAGCAAACAUACUUCAUGCCAAUGAGCUCUCUCGUCGAUUGCAGGGAGAAGGUGUGAACAUAACUGUCAACUCGGUCCACCCAGGAAUCAUAAUGACACCCCUCAUGAGGCAUUCUACACUUAUGAUGAAAACGUUAAGGUUGUUCACCUUUUGGAUGUGGAAGAAUGUACAUCAGGGAGCAGCCACAACAUUGUAUGUUGCUCUGCAUCCAAAACUGAAAGGUGUGACCGGAAAAUACUACGUCGACUGCAACGAGAUGAAACCCAGCUCAUAUGCUAGAGAUGAAAAGUUGGCCAAUAAACUUUGGGACUUCAGCAACAAACUGAUUGAUGGAGCUUCCGUUCCAAAAGCUGAAUGAGAAACUUCAUGUGAUUUCUGCUUAUAUAUUGCUUCUGGUGUCAUAUAGUGAUUGUUGUUCGUCAUUUGUCGAUAUAUACUUUAAUUUUUAACUUAUCCGUUGUUACGUACUUCUAUCAUGGUAAUGUGAAUGAGAAUAAUUAACACGUGGAUUAUUUUUUUC